AUGGGGGUGCUCGACCAAUGGAUUGUUGACGAGCCCUGGCUGGACUUGCACUGCGCCCUGGGUGAGGGGCCCUUUUUCGAGGCCGAGACGAAGACGGUUCGGUUCGUCGACAUCAAGAAGAAGCGGAUCCACACAGCAUGUCUCUCUGAGGGCAUGCCGUCGCUCAAGACGAUCCAGCUGGACAUUUGCCCAACCGUCACUGCGGACAUUAAGGGCGUAAAGGCAAGCGACAAGAUCCUCCUCGGGGUCAAGUACGGCGUCGCGGUGCUAGACCGCAAGACGGAGCGAUAUGAGCUGAUUGCGCGCUUCAAUAAUCCCAACAAUGAGCGCUUGAGGAGCAAUGACGGCGCGGCUGAUCCUCAAGGGCGGUUCUGGCUUGGAAGCAUGACGGACUUUGGCCUGGGGGAAUUUCAGUCUGAAGGCGCACUCCAUUGCUUCACAGGCCAUGGCGGGCACGACAAGCCGGUCACCGACCUCACGAUUCCCAAUUCUGUAGGCUGGGCUCCCGACACCCGGACAAUGUACUUCACACACUCCAAGUCACGCGAGAUAUUUGCCUGGGACUACGACGCGUCCGCGGGAGGCCUUUUGUCCCGGAAACGCUUGUUUUACCGACACCCCACGUCGGGCGAGCCUGAUGGCUUCCGAGUGGAUAGAGAUGGGAAUCUCUGGAGCGCCGUCUACGGCGAGGGUCGCGUCAUCAAGAUCAAUCCGCAGGGCGAGGUGGUGGGCGAGGUGAGGCUACCCACGAGGAACAUUACGUGCGUCCAGUUCGCGGGUACCGAGCUGAUCAUCACGUCGGCGGCGGACGACGCGCCGGACGCAACAUCCCGGAGCAAAAGUCUCGGCGGGGCCGUGUUCAGGGUCGAUGUCGGGACAACGGGCUUGGAUUUGUUCGAGUUUUCCAUGUGA